AUGUUGCGUCAAAGUUUAUUCAGAGCAAGAGUUGCAUUUCCUUUAAGAACAUUUACAACAACUAGAAAUAACCGAGGCAUCAUCAAAGAAUCCGCCAAAGUUCUUUUUGGAAAGAAAGGUGAAGAAAGUGUUGAGCAAGGAGAAAACAAAGUUAAAGCCACACUCGAUGAUGUGAACAUAAAGACUGGGAAAGUCUUGGCUGACGGUAUCCAGAAAACACAAGACACAGUUGACGAUGUGGGUAUAGGAGCUGAAGAUAUUAAGAAAGGCGCCGAGGCAAUUAACCAGAAAACAGGAAAGGUUUUAGCUGACGGUAUUCAAAAAGCCCAAGACGCAGUUGAAGAUGUGGAUGUUAGUGCUGAAAGCAUCAAGAAAGGUGCUGAAGCAGUCAACCAGAAAACAGGAAAAAUCUUAUCAGAUGGUAUCCAGAAGGCUCAAGAAGUAGUUGAUGAUGUGGAUAUCAGUGCUGAAGAUAUUAAAAAAGGGGCUGAGAAAGUCAACCAAAAGACAGGUGAAGUUUUAUCUGAUGGUAUCAAAAAAGCUCAAGACGUAGCUGAGGAUGUUGAUGCUGGUGCGAAAGACAUCAAGAAAGGAGCUGAAGCAGCUAACAAAAAAGCAGGAAAAGUCUUAGCAGAUGGUAUUCAAGAUGCUGAAGAUCUUAGUGAACGUGUACAAGCAAGACAUGAAGUUAAAGAAAACACCAAAGGCUACGCUAAUUUAGAAGACAAAGGAAGAAAAGUUCCAGUUGAACAGAAUAGACCAGAAGAUUUGAUGUAG